AAUUAAAAAACCGAAAAAAAAUAAAAUAAUAAUAAUAAUAAUAAUAUAUUCACAACAUGAUAAUAUAAUGCUCUGUUUCAAUCAAUCAAUCAAUCAAUUGAAAGCUAAAAAAGAAAGCUAAAAAACAGAGUCAAGUAAAUACCACUUUUUUUUUUCUUGUUCUAAGAUCCAAAAAUGGCGAAAAAAGCUGUGUUGAUUGGGAUCAAUUAUCCUGGAACAAAAGCAGAGUUAAGAGGAUGUGUAAACGAUGUUUGGAGGAUGCACAAAUGCUUGAUCGAACGAUACGGUUUUUCUGAAAAUGAUAUAACCGUUUUGAUCGACACAGAUUCAUCGUACACGGAACCGACAGGAAAGAACAUACGAAGUGCGCUGUCGAAUUUGGUUGGAUCGGCUGAGGAAGGAGAUGUUUUGUUCGUUCAUUACAGUGGACAUGGGACACGUCUUCCUGCUGAAACUGGAGAAGAUGAUGAUACUGGUUAUGAUGAAUGUAUCGUUCCUUCUGAUAUGAAUCUCAUCACUGAUGAUGAUUUCAAGGAAUUUGUGGAUGGGGUUCCUAAAGGAUGCAAGUUGACAAUUGUAUCCGAUUCAUGCCAUAGUGGUGGCUUGAUUGAAGAAGUUAAGGAGCAAAUUGGAGAGAGCACAAAGGGAGAAGAGGAACAUUCUGGAUCCGGUUUUGGAUUGUCAGGUUUUCUGCACAGGAAAGUGGAAGAUGCUAUUGAGUCAAGGGGAUUUCAUGUCCCUUCAGGAUUGCGCAGUCAUACACGCAGGGAUGAAGAUGAAAAUGAAGAUAGGGAUAUUGAACUCCCACAUGGGGUUAAGAAUAGGUCUCUACCACUUUCAACCCUCAUUGAUAUACUUAAGCAGAAAACUGGGAAAGAAGAUAUAAACGUUGGUCAACUGAGACCCACACUUUUCGAUGUUUUUGGGGAAGAUUCUAGCCCAAAAGUGAAGAAGUUUAUGAACGUUAUCUUUAAUAAACUUCAACAUGGAGGUGGUGAAGGUGAACAAGGUGGUAUACUUGGAAUGGUGGGUUGUCUUGCUCAAGAGUUUCUCAAGCAAAAGCUGGAUGGUAAUGAUGAGGGAUAUGCAAAACCUGCCAUGGAGACAAAAGUCGGAAGUAAGCAUGAAGCGUAUGCUGGAUCAUCAAGGCGUGGUCUUCCAAGUGGUGGGAUUCUAAUGAGCGGCUGCCAGACAGACCAGACUUCAGCGGAUGCUUGUCCUUCAGGAAAUCCAGCUGGUGCUUAUGGAGCUUUCAGCAAUGCCAUACAGACUAUAAUUGAUGAGUCUGAUGGUGCAAUUACAUAUUCAGAGCUUGUUCACAAGGCUAGGCAGAAGCUACAGAAGGAUGGUUUCACUCAAAAGCCUGGACUCUAUUGCAGUGAUCACCAUGUUGAUGAACCUUUCGUGUGCUGAUUUGUUCUCACAUAGAGAACAAAGUGUUUUCAUCCUGCUGCUGCAAAAUUUUCAUUUUUUUUUUCCUAUUUAUUUUUUGAACAAUUUGGCAAUGGUGAUGCAGUUGAACAAUUACGAUCUGUGUGUUUAACUCGUUUGUUUCAGCAUGGUAUAGUCAUCUGUUAUUGUGUGUUUGGACAA